AUGAGUGCAACUCCACACCCGUUCAUAUAUUCAAUUGACCCGGAACCUGAAAGGACAUUUAGAGUUAGGAGAAGAGCUCAGAUAGCACAUAGGCAAAUUCCACUUCUAGAAAUUGAAGAAAUGGAAGAUUUAGGAAGUGUAAAUGGGAAUGAUGGGGUAGGAGGACCUGCAAGGAUAAGGGAACCACCUGUUAUAAAUGAUAAUGAUAGGUCCAUGAUGGACUUCAUCAUACCUGUGUUGGAUGAGUUAGAUCCAAGCAUAGCCCAACCUGUGAAUGGAGUGCCCUUCAAAUUAGAACCGGUGAUGUUCACCAUGCUUCAAAACAUGGGGCAGUUUCAUGGGUUGUUGAUGGAAGACCCACACAAGCACCUUAGAAAUUUCAUAGAAGUGGCCAACACUUUUAGGAAUCCUAACAUCUUGGAUGAUGUGUUAAGAUUGAAGCUCUUCCCUCAUUCACUGGCUGACAAAGCCAAAGAAUGGUUGAACUCCCUUCCAUCCAACUCUAUAACCAAUUGGCACACCCUUGCUGAGAAAUUCAUUAUGAAAUAUUUCCCCUCUAAUAAGAUAGUGCAAACUAGAGGUGAUAUUGCUAACUUCAUGCAGAGGGAUGGAGAGACACUAGUGGAUGUGUGGGAGAGGUACAAGAACCUUCUUAAGCAAUGCCCAAAUCAUGGUUUGCCCUCUUGGGCAGUGUUACAAACCCUGUACAAUGGCUUAAAUACUCAAAACAGGGCCUUGGCAGAUUCUGCUGCUAAUGGCAUGUUUAUGACUAUGUCCUUUAACCAAGCCCAUGAGUUGUUAGAACAAAUGACUCAAAAUUAUGCCCAAUGGCCUGAAGAAAGAAAUCAGCCAAGAAGAGUGGCUGGUUUACAUGAGAUAGACCCUGUAACAGCUCUUUCAGCCAAGUUUGAUGCACUGUCCAAUUUAGUGAGAACCCAAGGACAAACCAUUGAGGCAAGAUUAUCUCAAUCCCAAGUCCCUGCACCUCAAAUACCUGUGACCCAACCUCAAGUUAAUGCAAUAAACACAAGUGUAACUUGUGUUUGCUGUGGUGGGCCCCAUUUGUAUGAUAGCUGCCCAUCCAACCCAGAAUCUGUGUUUUAUGUGGGAAACCAAAAUAGAAACCAAAAUAUUUUUCCCAAUAACUUUAACCAGGGAUGGAGGCAGAACCAACAGCCUCAAUAUUUUCAAGGGCAGGGGCAGCAAGCUGGUCCUUCUAAUGCUCAAACAAAAAUACCUUUUCCUACCCAGAAUUACCAACAAACUUCAAGGCAGCAAGCUGUUGUUCAACCUAGUGAGAUGCCCAUGGCUCCAUCCUCUUCUUUAGAAGCUUUGUUAAGGGAAUAUUUGGUUAAGAAUGAUACCAAGCAAAACAGCUUGGAAGCUGUUGUGCAAAGUAUUCCAGCAUCCUUAAGGAACAUAGAAUCCCAACUAGGCCAUUUAGCAAACACUAUGAAUACCAGACCUCCUGGUACCUUGCCGAGUAACACUGAAGAACCUAGGAGAAAUAAAGAGCAAUGCAAUAUGAUAGAGCUUAGAAAUGGCAGAUCUGUAAAUCAGCCAGAAGCUGUGGUUAGACCUUCCACAUUAAAAAAAGAAGAAGGGGAGAACAUGCAGAAAGAAAAGGAUGCAAAUUCUGAACCUGUUCAGAAUUCUGUUGUUCAUAAUAGCCCCCAAGGG